AUGGAGUCCUCUCACGAUAAUCAGGAUCAGCACACUAACGAUUUGCCAGCCCGCUUGUCAGUGGAAGACGUGGAUGUAGAUUUUUUACCUAUUAUUUAUGAUAUAAUACGCGGGUUAGAAAAAGAUCCUCACGAGUCAAGCCAAAAACCAAGUCACUCUCAAGACAUCAGCCAGAAAGUUUUAGAAUUACAUAAAAAAUUGGAACUAGCCAAGGAACAGAUAAAGAGAUUGCCUGGUGUCGAGUAUAGCAAAGAGCAGCAGUUGGAUAAAUUAGAAGCUCUUCGAACUCAGCUAAAGUUGAAGCGUGAUUUAUUAUUAAAGUAUAGGACAAUGUGUACUUUUGACAUCCCUAAGGCCUAG